AUGUUUAUCUCCGCUGGGUGCUUGACCUUUUGCCCACAGAGCCUCCAGCCUUCUGCGGCUCAAGUUCACCUUCGUUCAUGCAAUAUCGGUGAUAUAGACGACUCAGUCAUUGCGACUGCACGGAACAAGAGCUCGUUGGCUUACGCCUGCAAAGCCGGCGGAGACAACGUCCCUGUAGAAAGCCUCGACGUCACGAACUACGACCAAACCAUGGAUGUAGCCAAGGCUGCACAUCAGAGAUUCGGGCGCAUCGAUAUCCUUGUCAACAACGCAGGCUAUGCCGAUACUGCUUCGGUUGGAGAUACCUCGAUCGAGGAUUUCCGCAAACAGGUCGACACCCACCUCAUGGGCGUGGUUCAUAUGACCAAAGCCAUCCUCCCUAUUAUGCGUGAACAAGGAUCCGGCUACAUCGUCCAGAUCUCCUCCGUUGGGGCCCGCCUGGGCAGUCCCGGUCUGUCGGCGUACCAAAGUGCCAAAUGGGGGGUGUCCGGUUUCUCGAUGUGCCUCCAGGCAGAGGUCAAGCCAACGGGCAUCAGAGUAACGUCCCUCGAGCCUGGAGGGAUCCGCACCGACUGGGCCGGUUCGUCCAUGAACAUUCCCACAACCAGCAAGCCGUACCAGCAGACCGUCGGAGCCUUUGCCAAGUAG